AUGAUCGCCAAGGGGCUGACUGCAGUGCCAUACGAGAAGCUCAACGACGCCACAUACCAGAACCUCAUGCAUUACGCUGGCUUCUGUUAUGCUUGCCUCCUGCUUGUGAAGAGCCGCGUCGGCAGCGGGUCCAACAGUGCGCCAGUGUGCAGCGCGUGGGUGUGGAUAUCGCGGGGGACGACCAAACGACGACCAUGGCAACCUCUCGGAGACCCAACCAUUGAGAACGUUGCCAACGCCAACACGAUGAUCUCCCGGGUGAUGAUACUAUGCUGGAUCCUGGUCAGCAAAGCACGCGAGUUCAUCCAGGAGCUGCCCAACUACCAAGGUGCGAAGUCAUACCAGCCAGGCCAGAACAUGUUGGUCGACAUGGUCCAGACCUCCGAUGGCACCGUCCAAAUCAACGGGAACCACCGCCUGAAGGGCAGCCAGGCGCACCCGAAGGCCUUCGGCAAGGCCGUUGCCGAUCUCUACAUGGCCGAGCUCAAGACAGCAGGGCAGGCGCUGAUCCAGAAAUCGAGCUCUGUGAAGGUGCGCCUCGCGCGUGACAUCGCCUCGAAUACGCUCACGGGCAAGCGCCGCUGGGCGGAUGCUGACCUGAAGCCCGUGUUCGGGUACUUAGAUCUGUAG